AUGGGUGCAUUUGUUGCGUCUGGUCCACCUGGAUUCACCGCACUAGCACUCAUUAAUCUGGGACGCUCGGCAAAGGAAAUUCUUCCUCGGUAUAAUCUUGUAUCGCCAAUGGCAGGAGAAAUCUUCUACGCUGCCAGUGUUAUGAGUGCAUUGCUUCUUUUUGGGCUAGCUGUCUUCUUUUUUGCAUUUGGUGCUUCCUUAUUGGUUCAAGCUUCACAAGUCCCUGCAUGA